GAAUGUGCCUUUUUGAGGAAGGGAGGGGGGGCGGUCAUUAACAGAGCUGUUGUGCAGGAUUACAGCAGUGCAUGAGGUUUCAUCUAAACAUACUGAGACGAGCAUCUUGUUACUUGUAACAAGGUUGUGGAAUAGACGCAAGAAGGGUGAGGAAAUACAGAAGAACUGUACAGGACUAUUGACUAAAAGAGACAUUGAUCAUGACUCAAGGAAAGCUUUCAGUGAUAAACAAGUCAAAUGAAGGCUCAUCACUGGCCCUUCACCCUCCGAGUUAUCAGGAGGCGACUGCAGGUGGAAGCCCCAGUUACAGUGGGUCUUAUCUUGAUGAGGGAGAAAUGUUCACACAGUUCUCCUGGGAUGACCUGAAUAUACGACGGACAUUUGUACGGAAGGUCUAUGCCAUCCUGGCACUCCAGCUCUCUUUCACCCUGGCCAUCGUGUCCCUCUUCACUUUUUGUGAACCUAUACAGGACUAUAUUCAUUCUAAUCCUGAAUGGUACUGGGCAGCAUACGCAGUGUUCCUUGUAACCUACGUGACACUGUCCUGCUGUGGUCAGCUGAGGAGGAGGUUUCCAUGGAACCUGAUUCUGUUGGUCAUCUUUACUCUGUCUCUUACAUAUAUGACAGGAAUGUUGUCCAGUUACUACAAUACCAAAUCUGUGAUGAUCUGUUUGGGUAUUACGGUCCUGGUCUGUCUCUCUGUCUCAGUGUUUAGCUUUCAGACCAAGAUUGAUGUGACCUCAUGUCAGGGUGUACUGUGUAUCAUGUGCAUCUUAUUCUUUAUAUGUGGACUGGUCCUGUCUUUAAUCCUUCCUUUUAGCCAUGUUCCUUGGAUGCAGGCUUUGUUUGCUGCACUGGGAGCGAUAGUGUUCAGCAUGUUUCUGGCAUUCGACACACAGCUCCUGAUGGGAAAAAAGCGCUACAGUAUAAGUCCAGAGGAGUACAUCUUUGCCACGCUUAAUAUCUAUCUGGAUAUUGUGUACAUCUUCUCCUUCAUCCUCCAGUUUUUUGGAAAUCGUGAGUGACUGAGGCUUCUCCCUGCUCUCCUAAUUAAUGCAUUUCCAGGGCUGUAUGCAAUGUGAACUUACAUCUAACCUUGAUAUAUUUUGGAGUGAUUUGCCAUCUUGUGAGGACCACUCUGGGUAUUGCUGUUUGCUUUGCAUGAGAACUCCACAAUGCUCCAGUAUUUUCAAGCUCAUCUCUACCAGUCAUCGCUUUAGUUUUUUUAUGUGAUUAUACCCCACACAGGAAUUUUGCCACAUUUCCCAGUAUUGAGAAAAGAAUUAAAAACUUGUUUAUCCAAAACACAUGUAGAAAUACACUAUCUCAUUACAUUGUCUGUACGCUUAUCCAAUCUAUCCUUGGGUCACGGGGAGCCUGUGCCUAUCUCAGGCGUCAUCGGGCAUCAAGGCAGGAUACACCCUGGACGGAGUGCCAACCCAUCACAGGGCACACACACACUCAUUUGAAAUGCACCAUAUACAGGUACACAAUGACAUUCAGACAGAUUUAGAAUGCAUAAUUAUAUAAAGACACAUUAUUAUCUAACAGUUACACUAACAUUAAAGGUUUUCCUAGAAGGGGAAACAUUGGAGAAGGUCAUGUUAUGUUUGCUGGCCUUUAGUCAACUUUCCAGUCCUGUAACAGUUCUGGUGUGUUCUUGUAAGGUUCUGUAGUAUCCAAGUGCCAUCAGGUUGAAUCUGGGGCAAUUUCAUGUUUGUGGCUGUGCUGAUAACACACAAGUGCACAAUUUCCCUUUGGAACAAAUCGCUUUCACUGAAAAAUUCACAAAGGCAUUCGACCAAAAUGUUCCUGUAAACAGCCCCUAAACAUAUGGAAGUACAUAAGUAAUCGCAGGUGAAUACUUCUAAAAAGAAAAAUCAAGAAAACAAGAUAGAUUGAGAAAUAUAUAAUUAAACAAUAAUAAUAAUAAUAAUAAUAAUAAUAAUAAUAAUAGUGCAUGUUUAUACUGAGGCAAUAUCAAACUUCUUCAGAAUUAAACAUUAGGGCAAAAUAUGAAAUGAAUGUGAAACUAAAAUCAGCAUAAAUUUUCAUUGAAUUGCAUACUAGAUUAAAAAAAGACACAACAGUGCCUAUUAAUAGAUCAUAAAAUAUUAAAUUAUGUUUCAAAAACACAGAGUCAGAUGUAAACCAAUGUAAAAACAAGUAAAAACUGACUAAGGUGCAGAGGUAGUAUGGCACAAAUAAUCUAAAAAUACUUGACCAGUCAUGAUAAUUAAAGACUCUGCGUAUGAAAUUUUGUAAUAAGAAGGACUGUGAGCCUCACAGGAAUCAUAAAAUUUUAACCGUAAACACAAUGCACCAAGAGGUAACUCAAUGUUUGCAUGAAUUUAUUUAUUGUUAAAAAAUAAACAAAAAUGUAAUCUGUAAAAUCUGUUUUUUUGUUUGUUUGUUUGUUUGUUUGUUUUAAAUACGUAAGACUGUAGUAUGGGAUCCUGAUUGUGCGAGGUGAUUUUGUACUUUAUAGAAAAAUGUGAAAAUAACAGAAUAGUUUUAAUGGUGUAAAUAUUUUUGACAGAAAGUAACAGAGGAAUUGUGAAAUGUGACGUAAAUAAUAUAAUCUUAAGUGUCAAAUGUUUAUUAUGUAGAAAAAGCCUGGUGUCUGAUCUCUGGGACACAAAUAAAUAGCUCAAAACA